UAGUUGAAGCUGCCACUCUUGAAACAAUUAAUUGUGAUAAGAUGUUUGAGUUAUCAAUCACAAGUGCUGGGUGUCCAAGGGUCGUUCCUGCUCGAUUUGUCUCUUCCCCUUCUUCCUUUCCUUAAACUGCGUCGCAUUUAAAUAUAAUACCAUCACGUACCAAGACCCUAACUACGAAUGAUCACCAAAAAAAACCUUACACAUCAAAGAAGAGUGUUUAAGAUCAAACCCCAAGCCAAAAUCGGAAAUAUUCAAGUUUACCAUUAAAACAAAAAACAAAGACUUCCAAGAUGUCCCAAACUGCCUCCUCGAGCUCCAUCAACAAUCCUGAAAACGAAACCCAAUCGGAUCAACCUGAAGACACCAACACAGGCGUACCUGUCAAAUACUCAGUUUUCCCAUACCAUGGCCAAGGCGCCCCCAACUUCACCAUCAUCCUUGAAGAAAGACCCGAACCCGGCGACCUCUACACCUUUGGUUCCGUCAACGGCGCAACCGAGAUAUCCGUAUACGACGUUGUGUUCAUGAUUCCAAGCGGUCAGGGCGCCGCCAGGCGCGGUGGCGCCUCAUUCCCACCUCUCGAGUAUGUCACAGCUUGCAACCUACGAGCCACAUUUCUAGCCCUUCCUUCAUCAUUUAUGCGUACUGUUCGCGAGCAGGUCAAGAAAGCUUGGAUUGGAAUGGGGAGACUAGAGAAGAUUAUAUUAUAUGAACCGUGGACGGUUAAUGUAGGACUAAAUCUUCGAGCGCCGGAAGGUUUUGAAUUUUGGGUUGUGAUUGGGAAAGAAAAGUUGCCGGAUCCUCCGAACCAUGGCACGGGAACCUAUGUUGGGGCCUUGUCGUUUUUUGUUAUGAAACGUUUGAUUGAUGGGGUGGUGCAUGUUGAGUUUGUGGCUGCGUUUUUGAAGUGAGAGCAUUUGAGGGGUCUGAUUUAUUCGGAGCUCUAGUGCUACAGGUACUCAAGCAGGCAAAGCCCAGGGCUCUGAUACCAGCAAUAGAGAUGCUCAAGAAAGCAAUGCCGAGGGUUCUGGCACCAGCGGUACAAAUACUCAAGCAAGCAGCGCCUAAUCUAUAAACAUCAAGAAACAAAAGAUAAUACUCCCGGUAUGCCUUUCUUCGCUUCGCUUCAUCUCAGUCCAUCCUCAUUCUUUCCUUAUACCAUAUCAAAGUUCAAGAGUCGAAACUAACCACUCCAAUACCAGAUCGCCAAGAACCUUGAACCUCAAUUAUAUAAAGUUACACCACCACAAAACUAGUAUGCAAAAGCCACAAAUACAUAUAUAU